ACAUGCACGUUGCUGUACGAUGUCAACAACUUAGAGGCCAGACUCUGUCGGUAAUUGCUACAAGCGCACUGUUUACUAACCGCUCAACACAGCCAUGAAUAAUAUGAUUAAGAAAUGUCUUGGAGCUGUAGGAAAACCAUUGACAUUGGCGUGUCAGAAAUACGCUAAUCAAUUCUCCAUUGCCACCUUCUUCACUUCGGCUAACAGGUGCCUUUUGUGUGGAGAUCGUCUCAACCCUGAUCGUUCAUGUCAGGACACACCUGUCAACAAGAAUUGCCGGAGUAUGUCAGCAUUCGCAGGAAAACAGCAAGAAUUCUUAUUUAGACAGCUGCUUGACUACAAGUCAUUUACUUACACAUACUUGCUAGCAGACACUACAACUAAUGAGGCGGUUAUAAUCGACCCUGUCAUCGAAAUGGUGGAAAGAGACUGCCAAAUUGUCAAAGACCUCGGCCUCAAUCUGGUUUAUGCAGUGAACACCCAUGUACAUGCAGACCAUAUAACGGGGACAGGGGAGAUCAAGAAACGACUGCCAACAUGUAAGAGCAUGAUAGCACAGAUCAGCAAAGCUGUUGCUGAUAUCAAGCUGAAGGAGGGAGAUGUCAUAAAGUUUGGUUCCCAUCAGUUGGAGGUCCGCAGCACACCCGGACACACUGAUGGAUGCUUGACCUACGUGUGGCAGCAGCAAGGCCUGGCCUUUACAGGAGAUGCUAUACUCGUCAGAGGAUGUGGGCGCACAGACUUCCAGCAAGGGGAUCCAAGCGUGUUGUAUGAUUCAGUACACAACAAGAUCUUUUCACUUCCGGACAAUUUCCGUCUCUUCCCAGCACAUGACUAUACAGGUCAGACAAUGACUACAGUUGCAGAGGAGCGCAAGUACAACCCUCGCCUCACAAAACCUAAGGAACAUUUCAUCAAAAUAAUGGAGGACCUCAAGCUGCCCUACCCUAAACAGAUAGAUCGAGCAUUACCAGCUAACAUGGUGUGUGGGGUGUUUUGAUCGGAUCCUCACACAAUGUCCACCUGAACCAGUGUCUCGCAUCUCUCACAGCCUUCUCUUGCCUGGGGUCUACUUUUCCAUGCUGCAAAGCCUGGAGUUUAACACAAAUCCUAAUCUUUUUCUUUGCUGCGCUGAGCAACAAACAACAAUAGUGGUCCAUUUGAUGAUAUCUUUCAAUGCCAGAUAUGCUCAUCUGUGAACCUUUCAAGGUCAUGAUAUCUCAUGACACAACUCAGAAUGAAUUAUCUCACAAAUAGAAUCUUUCCAGAUUUUUAAUCAAAAUAAUGAUAUGUAGCUACUCAAUUGAAAGUUUGAUUUAUUAUUAUUUUUCACAAUUAAUUAUUAAAUUUUUAAUCAAAAUUUGAAAAAUUGAGGCAGUAGUCACAAUGUUUUCUCUGCAUCUAUGUAUAUUUUGAUUGACACAUUUACUUGUUAUAGUUUUUAAUGUAUUCGACCCCUUAUUUGUAUUGAAAUUAUAACUUUAUCCCAUUCAUCUCUAAUGUAUUAAAAAAAAUAAAACCUAUGCAAAAAUUAGCCAAUAUUCCCUGGAAUAUGCAAACAAGCUUUGAAGUUUGUCUGACUGGACCAAAAUGAAACAAUAUUCUUAGUUUGGUGAUCGGGUUGAAAUCCUUGGUUUAGGUCGGAUGAUGGAGGUAGAAGACAUUAGAGAGACAACCUCCCACCGACUACUCCUGUGAAAGUUAUGGGUGUCCCAUCUCGUGUAAUGUGUAUUAUUGGAUAGUCAAGUUAUGCAAUAUUUUGGUCAUUUCAUUCCAUAUCAAGUCCAUCAGACCAUAUUUCAGUCUUGUGACUUUGUACUGCUGACAUAUUAAACAUGGGAGUCAAAUGAAGUUUGUAGUUUCUGAAAUUAUUUGUAUGCUCGGAUAUAGUCAGGUUGGCUUUUCUCAGAGCAAUACCUUUGGGACCUCUUCCACAUCAUCAGUUUAAUUUUUUCAUAUUUGAGACUCUCAAGUAUAGUAGCCGACUAAAAGAAAAAUAUUACUGUUUUCUGGACCAUGGAUCGAUAUUUUGCUGUCACACAAAGCAGGUGAAAACAAAAGUCAACAAUACCUGUGAUUUUGUUGAAAGUAAAUGUAUGAAACUUUUUGCCAUGGAAACUUGUCUAUGCGUCGAAUUUGGUGACAAUAUAAUCUAUAGUUUACUGGAUCUAGAAAAGGAGCACUACAGCCAUGUUCAAAGUUGUUGCCAUGGAGACUUGAUAGCACUAGAUGUACACAUGCGCUAAGAUAAGCAAUAUUUAUGAAUGUGAACUUCUUUUUAAGUUUGUUAAAGAAAUAUUGUAUGGUUUUCAAGACCUGCUCCAGGAAUGACAUCUUGCACAAACGCAUUGUGGACAAUAAAUUAAUGUGUGACCUAAAUGCAAUUGAUAUAUGUAAUGGUAGAAACUUGUGAAACAAGGUUUUAUGCCUUUGGAGGUAACCAUGCCUCAGAAUAUAUCAAGUACAAUAUUUAAACAAAUAGAAUGCUGACUGUACCUAUAACCUUGAAUCUUCACCAAAAUCUUUCAGAGGAGGAUUAUACCAAGAGAAAGAAUUGACCAAAUGUUAAACACAUAAUAAAUAACUCCAUCCAGA